UGAAGUGCUCCAUACGGUUGAAGAAAAGUAUCUCUGCUACCAAACAAGACAAUGCCAAUACUCAAUUUUCUUCUUUACUUUUUGUGAAUGCUUAAUAAUUUCAGGUUAUGUUUCCUAUUUUCUAUAUAAACACAUGAUAAUCAAUUGCUACUUCCAACAUCACAAAGCUUUACAAAAAAGAGAGCAACGGUAAGUUUCACUAAAUGGGAUCCUUACUUUUAGUAUUGCCUUAUUUUUCCCUUCACUUGUUCUUAUUGCUGCUACUUACUCAUUUUACUUCCUACACUUUUUCAUUAUGCAAUCCUCACGACACCUCUGCAUUGUUACAAUUCAAAAACUCUUUUUUUCUCAACACUUCAUCUAAACCUGAACAUAUUUAUGGCUAUUAUCCGGUGUAUGGCUGUCCCUCUUUUUCUUUCAAGACAGAGUCUUGGAAAAUAAGUAAAGACUGUUGCGAGUGGGAUGGUGUCACCUGCGACAAUGUGUCGGACUACGUGAUUGGUCUGGAUCUUAGUUGCAAUAACCUGCAAGGUAAAUUACAUCCCAAUAGCACUAUCUUUCAACUUAGACACCUUCAACAACUCAACUUGGCUUUUAAUGAUUUUUAUCUGUCUUCAUUGCAAAUUGGUGUUGGUGAUCUAGUGAGUCUCACAUAUCUAAAUCUAUCAAAUUGUCUCCUCAGUGGUAAUAUUCCUUCUCAAAUCUCUCAUUUAUCAAAAUUAGUAUCACUUGAUCUUAGUAGUACAGGAUUUUGGUCUUAUAUGAAAUUCAAUCCCUUCACAUGGAAGAAAUUCAUUCAUAAUGCUACUAAUUUAGGUGAGCUUUAUCUUGAUUGUGUAGAUUUGAGUUCAAUCAACGAGAGCUCUUUGUCUAUUCUAAAGAAUUUGUCAUCGUCUUUGGUUUCUCUUAGUCUAAGAAAAACUGGGUUGCAAGGAAAUUUGUCAAAUGGCAUCCUCUCCCUACCUAAUCUUCAAAAAUUAGAUUUGUCUGAUAAUGAAUAUAUUAGUGGCCAACUUCCAAAGUCCAACUGGAGCACUCCUCUUAGGUACUUGGACCUCUCCGAAACUGCUUUCUCAGGUGAAAUUCCUUAUUCCAUAGGUCAGUUGAAGUCUCUUACUCACUUAAACCUUCGUGAAUGCAAUUUUAAUGGAAUGGUUCCUCCAUCUUUGUGGAACCUCACUCAACUCACAUUCUUGGCCCUUUCUGAAAAUAAUUUUCAGGGUGAGAUCCCAUCAUCACUUUCACAACUUACACACCUCACUUUCUUAGAUCUUAGAUAUAAUAAAUUUAGCGGCAACAUUCCAAAUGUUUUUGAAAAUUUAAUCAAAUUAGAAUAUUUAUUCCUUUCAUGGAAUAAACUAGUUGGCCCAAUUCCAAGUAAAAACAUAAAUCUUUCAAAAUUAAUCAUUCUGUAUUUAGGACAUAACAUGUUAAAUGGAACAAUUCCACAUUGGUGUUUUAAAUUGCCUUCUUUAUUAGAGUUGCUCCUCAGUGACAAUCACCUCACAGGAUUCAUUGGUGACUUCUCAACUCAUUCUUUGGAAUAUUUGAUUUUGUCUAAUAACAACUUACAUGGUCAUAUUCCCAGGUCAAUAUUUAAACUUCAAAAUCUUACUUACUUAAAUUUAUCAUCAAACAAUUUGAGUGGUGAUAUGGAUUUUCCUGAAUUCCUAGCACCGCUACCAAAUCUUCAAAUAUUAGAUCUCUCUAAUAACAACAUUCAUGGGAGAAUUUCCAAAUGGUUUCAAAGCCAUCUCUUAAGCUCAUGGAAGAACAUUAAACACAUUGAUCUUAGUUUUAACAAGUUGGAAGGAGAUCUUCCAAUUCCCUCAUAUGGCAUUCAAUACCUUUUACUAUCGAAUAACAACUUCACAGGAGACAUUGCAUUGUCAUUGUGCAAUGCAAGUUCCAUGAGUGUGCUCAAUUUGGCUCAUAACAAUUUAACAGGGACAAUACCACAAUGCUUGGGAACAUUUGGUUUUCUUUCUAUAUUGGAUAUGCAAAUGAACAACUUCUAUGGAAGCAUGCCUAGAACCUUUUCCAAAGAAAAUAAUUUUGAGACAAUAAAGUUGAACGGAAAUCAAUUGCAAGGACCACUACCACACUCUUUGGCUCAUUGCCCAAAACUCAAAAUUUUGGACCUUGGAGAUAACAACAUAGAGGAUGCAUUUCCAAAUUGGCUUGAAACUCUGCAAGAGUUACAAGUACUCAGGCUACGAUCAAAUAAACUUUAUGGUAAAAUCUCAUGUUCUAGCCCUGAGCAUUCAUUUUCGAAGCUGAGAAUUUUUGACAUCUCUCAUAACAAUUUAAGUGGACCCUUGCCAACAUCAUGCAUCAAGAACUUCCAAGCAAUGAUGAAUGUAAACUACAGCCAAAUUGGUUUGCAUUACAUGGGUAUGGAGAAUUACUAUAAUGACUCUGUGGUGGUUGUAAUGAAAGGUUUUUUUAUGGAGCUAACAAGGAUAUUGACUACUUUCACAACAAUUGAUUUAUCAAACAACAUGUUUGAAGGAGAAAUUCCUCAUGACAUUGGAGAAUUAAUUUCUCUCAAAGGUCUCAACCUUUCAAACAAUGAAAUCACAGGCAAUAUUCCUCAAUCUUUGAGUAAUUUGAGAAAUUUGGAGUGGUUGGAUCUCUCAAGGAACCAAUUGAUAGGUGAGAUUCCGAUAGCUUUGACAAAUUUGAAUUUUCUCUCUUUCUUAAACCUUUCACAAAACCACCUUGAGGGAAUGAUACCUAAAGGUCCACAGUUUGAUACAUUUGAAAAUACAUCAUAUGAAGGAAAUACAAUGUUAUGUGGAUUCCCGUUGUCUAAAUCAUGCAAAAAUGAUGAAGAUCAACCACCACAUUCAACUUCUGAAGAUGAAGAGGAAUCAGGUUUUGGAUGGAAAGCGGUAGUAACAGGAUAUGCGUGUGGGGCAAUAUCUGGGCUGCUCUUUGGAUAUAUUGUGUUCUUCAUUGAAAAACCUGUACGGCUUGUAAGAUUCUUUGAACAUAUGUUUAACAUAAGACUGAAGAGAACACGCAACAGAGCCGGUGCAAAUCGAAGAAGAGUGAAUUAAUUUGAUGUCGGUGUUUUCAAUAUCAUGAUUGAUAAUGUAGCUUUUCUGUGUAAUAUCAUAAUGUUGUCUAUUUUAGACAGUUACAUGUACAAAUAAAAACUGGUGAUAAACUAGUGAUUGUGUUAUUUUUAUGACUGUGUUAUGCAUAACGUCUUUAACUUUUGAAGAAUAUGCUCAGUUUGUGAAUAAAUGCUGGUUGAUAUUUGUA